AUGGCUGCUCGUGCCGCAAAUGCCGUGACUUCAUUUAAUAGGCGGUUUCGGGGGCGGAGAGGCCGCGGCGGGGCGGGGUGGAAUGCGGGGAGGGACUUGGGGAAGCUUGCGGGGAAGUGGCGGAAGCGGCUGCAACGCAAGGUGAAUGCGCGCGCCCCGCACGUGCGCCAGUUCGGGCGGUAUUUGCGCCAGAUGCAGCUGCGCGUGGCGCAAGACGCGGGGGUUCCGCUCAUUAACCUGGUGCACAGCUAUCGAUUCGCUUCCAACGGCUUCUCCGCCAAGCUCUCCCGCGCGCAAGUCGCCAGGCUGCGCCAGCACCCCGCGGUGGCGCAAGUCGCGCGCGUGGCGGAAAUCCGCCCGUUCACCACCAACUCCCCCAACUUCCUCCGCCUGCCCGCGUCCCUGUGGGCGGGGAACGGCGGGGAGGACAGCGCGGGGGAGGGCGUGGUGAUAGGCGUGAUCGACUCGGGGUUCUGGCCAGAGCACCCCGCGUUCUUGGAUAACACCACCAAGCCGUACCCCGACGCCCCCCCGACGUGGGCGGGCGCGUGUUCCGCGGAGAACAGCGCGAUGUGCAACCGCAAGGUGCUCGCAGCGCGCCACUUCGUAAACGGAUACCUCGCGAAUGGUUACACCGUUGACGAAACCGCGGACUACCUCUCGCCCAGGGACUCGUCGGGGCACGGCACGUGGUGUGCGGGAGUGGCGGGCGGCAACGGGCAGCUCCCCGUGAGCGUCUCCACCACCACCGUGCUCGGGCACGCGACGGGCAUGGCGCCGCGCGCGCACCUGGCGAUCUACAAGGUGCUGUGGCGGCAGGCGCAGACCGACGGGGGGGGCGACGGGAGCAUGAAGCCCGCGCCGCCGUCGGGAUCCAUGGCGGACCUGUACGCGGCGCUGGACCAGGCCGUGGCGGACGGCGUGGACGUGGUGUCGCUGUCCGUGGGAAGUUUGAGUGAUUACGAGACCUACUUCAACGACGUGCCCUAUGCCAACAUCCAGAAGGCGGGCAUCCUGGCGGUGCUGGCGGCGGGCAACAGCGGUGCGCCCCCCGAGCCCAACAGCGACAUGUACCGCACGCUCUCCAACUUCUCGCCCUUCUACCUCACCGUCGGCGCCAGUAGCAUGGGUCGGCGGUUCGUGGUGCGAUUGACGCUGGGCAACGGGGCAGUCAUCAAGGCGCGUGCAGUGGAAGCGGCUUCCGUCUCUCAGCGCGUGCCCUUGGUCUACUCCCGGAACGCCAUUGCUCCAGGGAAAACCGUCUACCAGGCCGAUCUAUGCGAGCAGGGUUCUCUCAACCCUAACAAAACGACCGGCAAGAUCGUGAUCUGUUCGCGGGGGAUCAACCCGAUUUGGAACAAGACUCUGGCAGUGCAGGAUGCGGGCGGUGUGGGCAUGGUGCUGGUGAAUGUGAAGGGUGGUUCGUCCAAUUUCCCGGUGGUUCCUGGGCCGCCCCUGCCGUAUGUGCACUUCUCGCUGGAGCAGGCUGCGCUAUUGGCGAAAUACAUGAAGAAGACCAAAAAGCCCCUCGCCACAAUGGGCACAGAAGUAGAAGCAGCGUUUGACGAGGCACCAGCCCUCGCCGCCUUCUCCUCCACGGGCCCGGUGGCAGACCCAGACAGUGCGCAACUGCCCGUCUACCCCACCAACGACAUCCUCAAACCCGACAUUGUCGCUCCGGGAGUGAACCUCUGGGGAGCGUGGAUAUCCACCACCACGGACGGAUCCGAGCCUGCUCAAUACUCGCAGCUCUCUGGAACAUCCAUGGCUACUCCGCAUGUGGCAGGGAUCGUCGCGCUGAUCAUGCAGAUGAAUCCGGACUGGUCUCCGGCGAGGGUUAUGUCCGCGGUUAUGACUACGGCCACUCCCGGAGGUUCGCCCUCGGAUAUCCGGACCAUGGUUGUGUCAUCGUCGGGGGCGGCGGGGGGAAAGCCGGGGACGAGUGGCAGCGGUGGAGGGGGAUACACGUACCGUGUGGUGAAGCCGAUGAAGAAUUCGUUGAAUAAGGAGGCGACGGCGUGGGAGCUAGGUUCGGGGCAUGUGGACCCGCCUAGGGUUGGCGAUCCUGGGCUGGUUUUCGACGUUUCGUUUGACGACAAUGUGAAUUUUCUCGCCGGGCUGGAUUUGCAGCGCGCCAAGGAUACGUUUCCGAGUGUAACGACGUUUUCGCCGAUCAAGCCUGCUUACAAGUUCAACCGGCCGUCGAUUUCGGUUUCGAAGCUGUUUGGCGGGGUUACGGUUACGAGAACAGUGACGAAUGUGGCUUCAGUGGCGUCGACUUAUGUGGCUAAAGUUAUUCCGCCUCCAAGGGUGAAGGUUACUGUCACUCCAUCUACUUUCACUAUUGCGCCGGGGGAUAAGGUCACGUUUUCUGUGGAGCUGAAGGUUUUGAAAGACAUGGCUGCGCUCCGUCACAUCCGCUCCAGAACACCAGCUCUUUCCAUCCCUCUCUCCCCGCUUCUCGCGUCUGUCCAGUCCGCCUCGCUCUCCGCCACCCACUCUUCCGCCAACCCCUCCGCCGAUGCCUCCGCGUUCCCGCCUCCGCGCACCAGCCGAUCGUCCACGUCGUUAACUUCAGGAUCUGCUCUUUCGGAGCCGUCAAUUUCCGCCAAUUCGUCCGUUCAGUCCGUGAAUCAAGAACAACGGAAGCGAGAUGGGGAUCAGGACGGCGAGUCCGGCGGAGACGUGCAAUCUCAGCCGUCCGCUGGGGCCGGUCGCGGAUUGGUGAAGGCCGACGCGGGAUUGGGUCUAGGAGGCGUGUACGCGGUGCAGGCAGUGCAGCCGCGGGAAAGGCGGCGAAAGCCUGAUUGGAUGAAGCGGGAGGUAUUGCCCGGAGGGGAGAAAUUCGUGGCGAUUAAGAAACGGCUUCGUGAGUUAAAGCUGCAUACGGUGUGCGAGGAGGCGCGGUGCCCGAACCUAGGAGAGUGCUGGGGAGGGAGCGGCCCGGAGGGCGAGGGCGCAACGGCUACUAUUAUGAUCCUUGGCGACACGUGCACGCGAGGCUGCAGGUUCUGCGCGGUGAAGACGGCGCGCAACCCGCCUCCCCCGGACGCGGACGAGCCGCGGAAGGUGGCGGACGCGGUGGGCGAGUGGGGCCUGGGGUACAUCGUGUUGACCAGCGUUGACCGCGACGAUCUGGCGGACCAGGGCAGCGGGCACUUCGCGGAAACCAUCAUUCGCCUCAAGGAGCGCCGCCCUGACAUGCUCGUGGAGGCGCUUGUGCCGGACUUCCGGGGGUCAGCGGAGUGUGUGCGGCGAGUGGUGGACAGUGGUCUAGACGUGUACGCGCACAACAUAGAGACCGUGCGCGAGCUGCAGCAGUUUGUCCGGGAUCCGCGCGCCGGCUUUGAGCAGUCGCUAACAACACUACGCCUUGCCAAGGAGAUGGCCCGCGAGGGCAGGGAGAGGGGCGGGCCAGGGAUGCUCACGAAGACGUCGAUCAUGCUGGGAUGUGGGGAGACCCCGGAGCAGGUUCUCAGCACGAUGGAGGCAGUGCGAGCAGCAGGGGUGGAUGUGAUGACGUUCGGGCAGUACAUGCGCCCCACGCGCCGCCACAUGCCUGUCAGCCACUAUGUCACUCCCGAGGCCUUUGAUCAGUGGAAGAAAGUGGGAGAGGAAAUGGGCUUCCGAUAUGUUGCUGCCGGCCCCAUGGUUCGCUCUUCGUAUCGUGCUGGAGAGUUCUACAUCAAGGCCAUGCUUGAAGAGGAUAGGAAGCGACAACAGGAAGCUGAGCGCUUUUUAUCGCGCGGUGCGCUGCCGUAUCGAGGUUACACGUUUUUCCGCCUUACAAAAUUCUCCCCCAUCCUCGCCGCCACUUCCCCGCCCCCGCUUUCCCCCCACCCACACCGACUCCCCCCUCCCCCCCACCCCGCCAACCCCUCCUCCCCCGCCUUCCCAGAGAAAUAUCUCCGCGAGGCGUGGUCGGAGGCGAUUUUAAACCACCUUAGAAGGCUCCCUUCUCCCCUGCUCUCGCCCUUCCCCGCUCCCCCUCUGCCCCGCUCCCCCCCUCCCCCUCCCCUUCCUGUUUCAGAGAAAUAUCUCCGCGAGGCGUGGCCGGAGGUGACGCGCGCGCUGAACGAGUUCGGCGUGGCGUGCGAGCUGAACCUGGUGGAGGGCAGCAUGACCGUCAAGACCACGCGCAAAACGCGCGACCCCUACAUCAUCGUGCGCGCGCGGGAUCUCAUCAAGCUGCUCUCGCGCUCCGUGCCCGUCACGCAGGCGUUGAAAAUUCUGGACGAUGAGACAUACUGCGACAUUAUCAAGAUUGGCGGAAUGGUUCGCAGCAAGGAGCGGUUUGUGAAGCGGCGGCAGCGGCUGCUGGGCCCCAAUGGCUCCACGCUCAAGGCUAUCGAGCUGCUCACUGGCUGCUACGUGCUCGUUCAGGGCAACACGGUGUCAGGAAUCGGCACGCCGCGGGGGCUCAAGGCAGUGAGGCGCAUUGUGGAGGACUGUAUGAAGAACAUCCACCCCAUCUACCACAUCAAGACUCUGAUGAUAAAGCGCGAGCUGGAGAAGGACCCAUCUCUCAAGGAAGAGAUCUGGGACCGCUUCCUGCCCACCUUCAAAAAGAAGAACGUGCAAACCAAGAAGGUUAAGAGCAAGGUCAAGAAGCCGUACACGCCCUUCCCGCCGCCGCAGCAGCCGAGCAAGAUCGAUCUGGCGCUGGAGAGCGGCGAGUACUUCCUGUCGGCGGAGCGCAAGGCGGCCAAGAAGCACGCAGAGAAGAUGGAGAAGCAGGAGGAGGCGGUGGAGGAGAAGAAGCGGAAGCGAGAGGAGGCAUUCCAACCCCCCAAGCUGCGCAAGAACACAGCAGCAGGCAAGGCCGCACCGGGCAGCAGCAACAAGGUCACAUCGGAGGACGUGGCAUCCAUGGCCAAGGCCCUCAAGGAGAAGACCAGCAAACCUGCUGCUGGCUCUCGGUCUGUCCAGGGGCAAGGUGCAGAGGCGUUCCUCGCUGUGCCUGUUGCUGGUGGGGAUGGUGGUGGAGAUGGGGAUGGGGAGAAAAAGAAGAAGAGAAAGAAGAAGGCGGCUGCAGCAGAUGAAUAG